GUCAUUUAAUAAUAAAAACAGAAAAAAAGUGAUAGCAUAAUGCGUUCAUUCAAAUUUGAUUUUUUGUUUCUUUUCUUUUCUUUUAUGCCAAAUCCAUCUGUCAAAACUACGGUUCGAAAGAGUCAUCGUAUCACUAAAAAGACGGUUCAAGCAAAGAAGACAAGUCGAGUCAGUACAAAAAAGACCCAGAUUGUAUCUCCUUUGUUUGAUAUCCUUGAAGAAACACAUUUGGAAAAUGCAGUACAACACUUUAAACAACAUGAUCCAAAACUAGCUGCUUAUCUUGAUGAUACCACAGUUGAUUUAUUUAGAGAACGAUUAACGAAAUACAAUGGUUAUCAUCCAUUCAUGUCAUUAGCAAAAUCCAUUGUCUAUCAACAGAUUCAUGGUAAAGCAGCUGCUUCUAUUUAUGGUCGCUUCCUUCAAUUGUUUGAACCCAACACAGAUGAACCCAACUGGUUUCCUACACCUGAACAAAUCCUUGCUAAAGACAUAGAUCAGCUAAGGUCUGCUGGAUUAUCUGCUAGAAAAGUAGAAUACAUACGGGAUUUGGCUACCAAAUUCAAAGAGAAACACAUUACACCCGAGGCAUUUGAUCAAAUGUCUGCUCAAGAGAUCAGUGAUCAACUCUGUGCAGUCAAGGGCAUUGGACAAUGGACAGUCGAUAUGUUUCUUAUGUUCUAUUUACGCCAUCCAGAUGUACUUCCCUUGGGUGAUUUGGCUGUUCGAAAAGGUGUAGCCUCUCAUUUUGGUUUACCUCUCAAGUUUAGAAAUGAACAAUUGACUGAAUUGACUGACAUAUGGCGACCUUAUCGUUCUUUAGGGGCAUGGUUAAUGUGGCAUACAGCAGAUACAACAUUAUAAAGUUUUAUUUUUAUUUUAUUUUUUUUAAAAAA